AUGUCAAGUUCCACAAACGACCCCAAGCUCCAGGACCAGAAAGGUUUCAACGAGAGCUGCCCUACGACCGACGACGACCACAUCCACCAUAGUUUCGAUAAUAAUCAUGAACCUUAUCUGAAACCCAAGACUCCCGAUGACCAUGAUGCCUCGUCACUACGUUCUCGGUCCAGCGCCAGGGAAACGAACACGCGCCUGGCAGAUGACCUUGCUGUGAUGGAGGCGGAGCGCGUCGUGUCGCAGUCCACCCAUGAUGGCCAGAGCAAAAAAAGUCGCGACCACCACUCUAUUCGUUCCCGCCGAUCUGCGGUGGACGAGUUCGACGAGGCAACAAAUCCAUUGCACGAGCGCGCCGCGCUCUACCAACCACCAGAGAAACCUACCACCAAGGUUGCUCGUUUUGUCAAAACGCUCCACGAAUCAAGCUUUGUUGUCCGCUAUCUCACCUAUAUUUUGCCAUUGGUCGUGAUACUGUUGAUCCCGUUGUUGGUGGGUGCGCUGGCUUUUCCGGAGGCCAACGUCGGUGGUGUUUCGCUGCUCUGGUUUUCCGUUUGGUUGGAAAUCCUCUGGCUAACUGCUUGGGCGGGAAGAGUUGCCGCGAAGUGCAUUCCGUUCCCCGUGGGCAUAUUUGCCAGUAUCUUCACCAACAACGCGAAAAAAUGGCGAGACGUAGCCAAGCAGUUGGAGCUCCCCGGGACCUUCUUUUUCUGGUUUCUAGCUGUCGAGAUUUCCUUCCUCCCCACGAUGAAGAAUCACCAUGUGGACGGCAACAAGGAGACGCGCGGCUGGGAAAACACGGUCAACAAGAUUAUCAUUUCCAUCUUUGUGUGGACGAUUCUGAAUCUCAUAGAAAAGUUCCUUGUCCAACUGAUCGCUAUGAGCUACCAUUCGCGCACUUAUUCUGACCGGAUUGACAUCAACAAGUUUCAAAUUGGUGCCCUGGCCAAAAUGUAUGCCUUCUCUCGAACAAUGCUCGUCGAUGAGAAGGAAGACUCUGGAGACCAACAGGGCCAAGGCCCCAAUGGCUCGCAUUUUAUGAAGCCUUUGCAAUAUGCUGGUAAAGCACAGAAGGUGGCCAAAGGUGCUCUGAAUAAAGUUGGUGAUGUAGCAGGCGCCGUUGCUGCGGACUUCACUGGCCGCAAAGCCACUAACCGUAAUGAUCCUCACCAAGUUGUCCUCACCUUGUUACGAACGGUCCCAGGCUCUCAGGGUCUGGCUCGUCGGCUCUAUCGGACCUAUAAGCGGGAUGGAUUUGACUCUAUCGUCGCUAACGACCUGAAGACGACUUUUGAGAAUGAUGAAGAAGCCGAGACUGUCUUUGCAAUGCUUGACAAGGAUUUCAAUGGGGAUCUUUCCAUGGAUGAGUUGGAAGCAGUCUUGGUGGAGAUUGGUCGUGAACGAAAGGCAAUUACUUCCUCUCUGAAAGAUCUUGACUCUGUGGUGUCGAGGCUUGGUAAUGUCCUGGAUGUCUUUGUCUUCAUUAUCACCCUGAUGGUUUUCCUGUCAUUGAUCUCCACCUCUGCAGCUGGUGUGCUUACUUCUGCUGGCUCUACCAUUCUUGCUCUAUCCUGGCUUUUCUCUACUACAGCAGUUGAGUUCCUUCAGUCAGUUAUCUUUGUGUUUGUCAAGCAUCCCUUUGAUGUCGGCGACCGUAUAACAGUCUAUGGUAAUACUGGGGCUGCUGGUCUUGGGGAUGAUUAUUUUGUGAAACAGAUUUCCCUGCUGUACACAGAGUUCAAGAAGAUGGAGGGUCAUAUUGUGCAAGCCCCUAAUUCUUACUUGAGCACACUUUUCAUCCUUAACCACCGCCGCUCUGGUGCCCUCGCGGAAGCAGUUCCCAUUGUGAUCAAGUUUGGCACAACAAUUGAUCAGAUUGAAACUUUCCGCCUGCGCUUGCAAGAGUUUGCAGCCAGCGAACGCCGCGAUUUCCAGUCCCACGUCAUCACUGAAAUGCGGGAAGUGACGAAUAACUUCUCGGUGACUCUCAAUGUCGUCUUCUUUUACAAAUCCAGCUGGCAAAAUGAAGGCCUUCGCCUGCAACGGCGCAACAAGUUCAUUUGCAUGCUCAUGGUGGUUCUGCAAGAGGUCGGUAUCCAGGGACCACACAUGAACUGGCCCGGUGCCCGUCUCGACAUCCCCUUCCAUCUUGCGGGUCUCUCGUCACUCCUGUCUGGCUCAGCAGCCGGCCACUCUCCUCCUUCGGAUCCCCCCACCGAAAAUGACAUCCCCAAGAAGAACACCGAGGACAGCGGCGACGGAGCAACACACCAUCCCUCCAUCCUCCGUAAGGGUAUGGAUACCGCUGCCGCGCAGGCCCGGGGCGAUAGCAAACCGGCCCGUAAGCACGUGGACUUUUCACUCGGCAUGCAAAAUCUUUCUUCUGCGGACGUGAUGGGAGACGUGUUUGAUGAGCGGACGGACCGCACCGAACAUCUUCUCCGCCGGGCGGCGGCUGUGAAAGAAGAGCAAGAGGAAAGGGAACUGAGUGAGCGGCAGAGCCAGAGCCAGAGCCGCAGUUCGUCCGUUCAACUUCCUUCUCAUUCCGACGCGGGCCAAGGUCGACGUUCGAUCGAGUCUCAACAUAGCCGCUUGUCCUCUGCUAGCCACCGUCGAUUCUUCCGCCAUAGGAACAACGCGCGUUCUCCGAAUGAUCCUGAUGUGGAACAAGGAGGAUAUGACCAUAACACGCAGCUUACCACUGCGCCCACGGCCCCGGACCAUCGGGAUCAUCUUUAA